CUCAUAUUUAAUUGGAAUUAAGGCCAAGAAUAUACAUGCCGUUCAGGUGAUUGAUUAUAUCUGCAAGGGCUGGCAUAAUCUCAUCUAUAUUGGAACCUUUUCUCUUCCUAUUCCUAUUACUCCCAGGACGAAUAGACACCGCCUUCAGGUUGCACACUGGCACAUCAGGCACACAGGCACAUAUACUGCAUAUACUGCAUAUGCUCCUCUCUUUCUCUCCCAGAUACAGUAUACAGUCAAUACAACAUGCCAGCAGAUCAGUUCCUUCCCGCUAUUGGCCAUGCCGUCUCAGGCGCGACCGGCACAGCCAUCUCCACCACCGCCACGUACCCGCUCGACCUCGUCAACACCCGGCUCAAAGUGCAGCGCCAGUUGCGUAAAGACGGCACCAUAUCGCCGUCAGAGCAGUACGCCGGAAUAACUGAUGCGAUUUCGAGGAUUUACGAGCGCGAGGGCGGGCUGCGGGCUUUCUAUGCCGGUCUGGGUUCAGAUAUCUUCAAGGGAGUCGCCGAUAGUUUCUUGUUCUUCCUUUUUUACAACUGGUUCCGCACCAAGAGGUCUCAAGGGAACAGCAGGCGCCUGCUCGCCUGGGAGGAGCUCGCCGUUGGCGCCGCCGCCGGCGCGUGCGCGAGGCUGUUCACGACACCCAUCGGCAACGUCGUCACGCGGAAGCAGACAGCAUCGCUUAUAAGCGACGACGGCGACACGACCGGCCAGGCCCGCCGCGGCCUGUCCUUCGCAGAGAUCUUGCACGUCAUCCGGGCAGAGAAGGGCCUGCUGGGGCUCUGGGCCGGGUACAGCGCCACGCUCGUGCUGACCCUGAACCCGAGCAUCACCUUCUACCUGCAGCACGCGCUGAAGAAGGCGCUGGUCGAUAGGGGACGGGAGGGCGAGUCCAACGGCGCCACGUUCUUGGUCGCCGCGCUGAGCAAGGCCGUCGCCACCACCGUGACGUACCCCUUUCAGAUCGCCAAGGCGAGGGUCCAAGUCUCGGCACCCGAGAGCCCGAGGCCAGAGCCGGAAGCAGAGGGAGAGGAGAAGAACGAGGCCUCGACCGAGGCAAAGGAGGAGGAUGUAAUCGUGGUCGAGCAGAAUGUGGGCAGGAGGGCAAGCAAAGCCCAGGCGCUCGCGGGACGUGUCCACAGAUUGGCCGAGGACACCAUUUUCGGGACGGUCAUGCACAUAAGGAAGACCGAGGGAGUCUCGGCGCUCUACGAUGGAAUCGGCGGGGAGUUGCUCAAGGCAUUCUUCAAUCAUGGGACGACGAUGCUAUCGAAGGAGAUUGUGCACAAGUUGAUCGUACAGCUUUAUUUCUUUGUUCUGGCUAGGAUCCGCAGUUCGCCCACCGCGCAGGCCCUGCUUCGGCGGCGGUCCAGAGAGGAUCUGAAGAAGCUAGGAUAUGUCCAGAUUGCGGAGAGGUUCGCGAGGAUCAAAGACGGUACACUUGUUAUGGGCUUGGUGGAGCGGACACAGAAAUUGAUCAUAACGAAGUAG